CAGAUUAAUGUUUUUUUCCUACUUUAUCUUCCUAAUUAGUACUCAGUGCUUAAUUUUUUAAAUGUUAAAUGAUUAACUUAUUUCCAAUUUAUGUCGGCAAUUCUUUUUUCAACUUUGUUUUUUUUCUUUAGGAAAGUACCUAAAAGUAACUUUGGUUGUUAAACUUCGUUGUAUUAGAACAUUUUAUGAAUAGAUUCUUUACAAAACUAUCCCUCGGCAUUUAUGAAUAUCCCGAAAUGACAUAUCUAUCAUUUGUCAUCUUCCUUCCACGAAUGAAUAUUUAACUUAUAAGCAUCUUAUAAGUUGACCACUGUUUGUCAGCAAUAAGCCAAUAAGCACACCCUAAAUAAAAAAAGGCACAUUAAACGUCUUGCUUCUUACUCUCUAUGAAGUUUUAGGUAGUAAAUGCAUCAUGGGUCUGACAGAAACAGCGUUUCUAUUUUUACAGGGGUAAGACUGCAUACAUCUUGACCCCAAACUCCAAUGGAGUUUAGAUUAUACUAGGUUGUUGUUGUUGUGUCUUUCUGUAGAAGGUGACAUAGAACAUUCUUUGUUAGGGCAUGCCUCCAAAUACCUGGUUUCAUUUCUUUUGAUUUUCAAGAUAUCCUUGAGGAAUAUCUUAGCAAAUGGGAAUACAUGGAUGGAAAUUAUUAUGCUUCAGGAAGUCUUGGAGUUGACAUUACUCGUGUCAAAGGCUUCAGUAAGCAGAUUGUGCUUGGAGUUGAUGAAUAUCUAGAAGUUGUUGAGCUCUAUGUGAUAGAUAUUCUGGGAAGGGCUAUGAAAAAUGUUGAUCUUGCUGUCUCAUGGGUUGAGAAAGCUAGUUUACCUGAGGAAAAGCGGCAGAUUCUGCUGAGGCUAAUACACUCCAUGAACACUUCAGACCUCGACAGUUCAUCCCAGCCCACUGCUUCACUAUUGCAAAUAGAUGAAUAUCCAAAUCAGUCAGAUUCCAUGAUGGAAGAAAAUCCCAGUUCUGCAAACAAUCUGGAGAAUAAUACAAAAGAGACAAUUAUGAAAAUGUACAAAAAUAGAGCACCCUUUUGGUGGUUCCGGACCAUAACUUUGAAGUUUGGGAAUGCUCAAUUCGUUGUCUCAAAUGGCAAAAUUUUUCUAUGCUUUCUACCUCUUACCUUUUUUUAUAUGAUGAGGAGGAAGCCGGACCUGAAGAGUACUUUUAGGAAACAUGCUUGGUAUGUGAAGAAGGCUUUGACUGAUCUCUGGGAACUUGCAUUCUCUACCAAGUGAACCCUCUAGCUGGAGUUCAAUCUCUUCCUCUUGCAGCAGCCCUGGGAACCAACUGAUUGUUCCAUCUCCUUCGUCUUGGUAAUAUCUUAAGGGUGUGUUUGGUUAAAUUAGUGGAUGGGAGGGGAAAUGAUUCCCUUACCUUGAUUUGGACCUUAACCAAAAUGAGGAGAGGGAGCCAUUUUCCUUCCCCUCCAACCACACAAAAACUAACACUGCUUUGGCAAAACAAUACCUAGCUGAAAUAGUAGCAAAGAAAAAUUAGAUGAGUCGUGUCAAUUCAUAAAUAUAUGGCCAAUGAUACACUGAUUAGGCCAUGUACUUCGGUUACUUUGAUGAACUCAUUAUUGAGUCGUGUCAAUUCAUAAAUAUAUGGCCAAUGAUCAAUAAAUAUAAAGACCCAUA